UGUUGUUGUUGAUGUUUUAACGAGUGCGGCUGCGCGGAGUCCCGAUGAUCUCGCUGCUGCUGACGCUACUUUUGAGGGGGGGGGAGAAGCUACAGACUUAAACUUUGUAUCGUUUAAUAUCGUCUUUGACAUUCAUAGCCGGCCAACGCGAGUCAUUUAGUGACCAUCCCAGUCCCGCGACGCAUCCCGCAUGUGACCGUCCUUGCUCGUCAUCGGAGCCGCUAGCAAAGGCCGAGGAACAACAUCGUUUAUCCACAUUUUAUGAUCCGACGUCCAGAGUCGGGUGUCCCCUCCAUGUGGGUGCGGGAGCUGUGUGUGUCAGACUAUGGCGAGGAAGACAGUUAGCAGGAAAAGGAAGGCAGGAGAGCCCAAGGACCAACAACAGCUGGGCUGGGGUCCGGCACCAUACAAGCGGAGCCGUGUCUCUUGUUCAUCCCGCCAUGUGCAGUGGUGGUGCAGUCGCCACUCGGUGGUCUGUGCCCUCCGCGGGCGAGAGUUCAGACCUCAGCAGCAGCACGAGUUGCAGCUCCAGCGGAGCCUGCGAGGCUUUGCUGCCGGCAGGCUCCCUGGCAUCCUGAAGGAGAGGGAGUUCUCUCUUGGGCGUCUCAACAAAGUAUUUGCCUCCCAGUGGCUCAACCAACAGCAGGUUGUGUGCGGGACCAAAUGCAACACGCUUUUCGUAACCAAUGUGAUGACUGGGCAGAUAACUCGCAUCCCCAUGCUCAAGGACAGGGUAUGUCAUGGUGGAGGCUCCGUGGUCGGGGCAGUGCAGCAUUACCACUCCACGGCGAGCUCUCAUUCCCGGCUGGACCAGCAGGGUUGUGGGAUCCAUGCUAUAGAGAUCAACCCUUCUCGAACCCUCCUAGCGACUGGAGGAGACAACCCCAACAGCCUAGCCAUCUACCAGCUGCCCACGCUGGACCCUGUCUGCGUUGGAGAUGAUGGCCACAAUGACUGGAUCUUCUCAAUAGCAUGGAUCAGUGACAGGAUGGCUGUUUCUGGUUCACGGGAUGGCUCCAUGGGUCUGUGGGAGGUGACGGAGGAAGUCAUGAGCCAGGCUGAGCACAGUCAAAGCGAGGGGGAUGUGCCCUCCUAUGCCCAUAUCUCGCACCGUGCCCUCAAAGACAUCCCAAAGGAAUAUACCAACCCCUACAACUGUAAAGUCCGCGCUUUGGCCUUCAAUAACAACAAUAAAGAACUGGGUGCUGUAUCUUUGGAUGGCUACUUCCACCUCUGGAACGCCGAACACACUUUGUGCAAGCUCCUGUCUACCAAGCUGCCUCACUGCAAAGAGAAUGUGUGCCUGGCCUAUGGGCAGGACUGGUCCGUGUACGCUGCAGGGUCUCAGGCCCAUGUCUCUUUUUUGGAUCCACGGCAACCGACACAAAAUAUAAAGUCAGUCAACUCCAGAGAGAGAGGAAGUGGGAUCCGUUCUGUGAGUUUCUACGAGCACAUUGUGACCGUGGGCACUGGUCAAGGUUCACUUCUCUUCUACGACAUCAGGGCCCAGAGAUUCCUAGAGAAUCCUUUGAUUCCAAACGGAGGGUACCGGAAGUGCUCCGGGGAUGGCAUUCUCAAGCUCACCACAGGGAAAGGCUGGCUGAAUCACGAUGAAACGUGGAGGAGUUACUUCUCAGACCUUCAUUCUUUCCCCAACGCCGUGUACACGCACUGCUACGACGACUCCGGCACGAAACUGUUUGUAGCAGGCGGACCGCUCUGUUCCGGCCUCCACGGGAACUACGCGGGAUUGUGGAGCUAGCUAGCCUUGUCAUUGCUAUACACCACCAUUUUUUUAAAUUAAACCAAUUUCCCCCCAGCCCUUCUUCAGCAGCAUCACUGUCUUUGAUGGACUCAGGAGCACGAUCUGGCACCGUCAUAUUCCAUCUUUGAUUUUGCUGCAUCUGCCUGUCCACAUUUCAGCAUUCUGUCGCCACUGUACCUUCACUCCUUCCACCAAAGUCAAAUCAUUUUUUUUAAAGACAAAUGUUCGAACCAGUCGUUUUAAGAACUGCAAAGUCUGCCACUGAAGAACCCAGAGGAGGCUUUAGAAUCCCAACCAACAUUUCAUCAAACUUUAUAGGCUUGGUUUAGUAUGUAAAAAGUAUGCGCUGCUUCCUAUGUAAGAUAUAACAAUGUUUAUUGGGUUAUUUUCACUUUCUCUUCGGAAUGACUGGCAAUACGAAGAGAGGACGAAGGACUAAAAAGACCGUUGUGAAGGACUUAACUGGUGUGCAGUUUGACUUUUAAUAGGAAGUAUUUACUGGUUGGAACAGUUUGUUUCUGUCCCAAAAACAAUCAACUUGUCCUUAGCAGCAGCGAAAUGAAGACGCUGGCCCAUCCAAACAAAAUGGAACUUUUUACCAAUUUGUGGUUGAAAUUAUGUAAAGGAGAAAUGUUCAGAUAGUUCUGCUGUAACGCAAUCCUCUCUACUUCCAUCUCUGAUUUGACUGACAUACACCUGCUGAUAUUCUAA